ACACAACGUAGAAUUAUUUCAACAUGCUAAUGAGCGCGAUUACUUUGUACAGGAAAAAAGCAGAGGAAGAAGGAGAUUGAAAAGAAUAAAGCCAAGAGGGUGGCGGCGAGAGAAAUGGCAGUGGUGAAUAGGGAUACAACGAAACUAGAACGGGAGAUUGAGCGUUUGGAAGACUUAGCAUCACAACGACAGCUGGAUAAGACGGGUCAGGCUAAAUUAAAGAACCUGAAAGAAGAGCUGGAAACCAUCCAAAAAACAAAAGAAGCCCACGGAGUCACACCGUAAGCCUCACAUCCUAAAUCCAGGACCAAUCAACAAAACAAUAUUUACAUAAUUUCUUUCGAAUAUAGGCAAUCAGCGGCGAAGAGUGUAGUAGAGGAAUCACGGAAGUUGGUGUUCGA